AUGUCUACUCCCGAGAUCCCAACCCCAGCCAAAUGCACGGCGGAUUUCUGCUUGAUCCCGAUGGGAACUUCCAGCCCCUCCGUAUCCGCUCAAAUCGCCGACGUCCAGCGUCUCAUUGAAAAGUCCGGUCUGAAAUAUACCAUGCAUUCUGCUGGGACUACGCUUGAAGGGCCGUGGGAUAGAGUCUACCAGGUCAUCGGACAGGCACACACUAUGCUUCAUCAGCAGGGGAUAGUGCGCAUCCAGACGGAUAUCCGGACUGGAUCGAGGACGGACAAGGCGCAGACGGCGGAAGAUAAGGUGAACAAGGUGCGGCAGUUGUUGGGCAAUGAAUAA